AUGCAGUCGGUACCCGAGUCACGCCAGCAAACCUUUGAGGAAAUCUACGGCCCCCCGGAGAACUUCCUUGAGAUCGAAGUGCGCAAUCCACAGACUCAUGGCACCUCUAGAAACAUGUACACAUCCUAUGAAAUUGUCUGCCGGACCAACAUUCCCGCCUUCAAGCUGAAGCACUCUGUCGUGCGCCGCCGUUACUCCGACUUCGAGUACUUCCGCGAUAUUCUGGAGCGCGAGAGCACACGAGUGACCAUUCCUCCACUUCCCGGAAAGGUUUUCACCAACCGAUUCAGCGACGAUGUCAUUGAGCAUCGACGGGAAGGGCUUCAGCGCUUCCUGCAGAUUGUUGCUGGACAUCCGCUUCUGCAGACGGGAAGCAAGGUGUUGGCGAGCUUCAUACAGGAUCCGAACUGGGACCGCAAUGCGUGGUAA